UGAAGAUCUAAGAUGGGCGCCACCUACAAUGAAAGUCAGCACCGUCACACCCGCCCGUGUGCCGAGGGCCCUGUGGCAGUUCCGGUCACUGAUUGAAUGCGCCAUUCCCGGCAGCUCUCCAUACUCCGAGUUCAACCAUUACGGAUGCUACUGCGGCUUCGGAGGCUCCGGAAAUCCAGUGGACGAUCUCGACAAGUGCUGCCAAACACACGACGCAUGCUAUGAUGCUUCCGUAAACAUUCCAAACUGCCACACGUUUUUUCACAAUCCGUACACCCAGACCUACCACUACAAGUGUGAUGGGACCAAAAUAACCUGUGAAAGUACCAACAAUCCCUGCCAAAUGCACGUGUGUCAGUGUGACAGAGCGGCGGCGAUGUGUUUUGCUGCGGCGAAGUAUCAUCCCGAGAACAAGGACCUGGACAAGAAGAAAGUCUGCUCAUGACCUGGGCACUGCGGGAGCCCUAAAAGAUGCCGCGUCCAGGGCUCAAAUCGGCAUAAGAUGUGCUCAGGCUGAUUCAUGCAGGCACAUUUCCUCAUUUAUCUACAUUUCACUGAAGGAAAACGCUGCAAUGCAUCUCCCUUUCUUCACUCCUGCGCUGUCAUGACUCUCA